AUGAAUCGCAUCAACUCCAUUCUCCUUCUCUCCGCUGUCUUCGGCGUUGCCCUGGCCCAACAUUACGGUUACGGCUACGAGAAGUAUCCGGGCUAUGAGGGAACUCGAGGCGCCUAUAAAUCUGAGGGAUACCCGGGGGCUAAACACGUGUGGGGUGGAUACGAGCAUAAGUACUACGAGCCUCACUACCAGCCCUACUACCAGUCCCACUACCAGCCCCACUAUCAACAACAUUAUCAGCCUCACUACCAGCCUCACUACCAGCCUCACUACCAGCCUCACUAUGAGCCUCAUCAUAAAAGCCACUAUCAGCCCCAUUAUGGCCAUGAUAACCACUAUGAGCAGCACCAGCCCCACUAUGAUGAGCAUCAGGAAUACCAUGCUCGCCGC